AUUAAAUCAAUAUUGCUUCAAUAAUGAUGACCGUUAAGUAUCUAUAAAUAUAAAAAAAAUAAUAAUAAAACUCAUGAAAAGACUUUGUUCUAAGGAAUAUCGAUUAUCGAUCGAUUAACAAUCGUUCUCAUUUGUUCGAUAUUACCAAUUAUCGAGUAACAUCUUUUUCUUCUUUCUCAUUUUAAAGAACAAUGAGAACGAAAAAUAAAUAAAUAAAUAUAUCCAGCGAUAAUAAAUAGAACGUUCGCGAAGAAUAUAUGUAUAUCACUGCCUUGAAGAAGUUUCAAAAUCAAAUAAUUCUCGGUAGGACGAUAAUUUCUCGUAAGAAACAAGAGGAUUAUCAUAUAAUUCGAGAAUUCACUCAAUGGUAAUACGAUUGAACGAACUUUAAUUGGAUUAAACUCUCGCUAAAACUAUAAUUAUGCUCGAACACGUAUCGUGAAUUUCGAAGAGAGAGAUAGAGAGAGAGAGAGAGAGAGAGAGAGAGAGAGAGAGAGAGAGAGAGAGAGAACUAAUAGAGGCAGGAGAAGAAACUUGGCGAAUUGAAAGCUUGUGUACAACUUGUAUCAAUCGAUUCUUCCUUCGUUUAAAGAUAAUGCUAGUUCGUCGAUGUCUCGUUCGACUUUUGAAAAAAGGGGACAAUCUAUAAAAUUUCAAAAUUCGAAUCCCUUGAGAAAAGAUCUAUAAGAUAACGAUUACGAGUAAUCGAUCGAUAUAAGAAAGAAGAAAAAAGAAAAAAAAAAGGAAGAGAGAGAGAGAGAGAGAGAGAGAGAGAGAGAGAAUAAGCUAUUCGUUGAACACAUGAGAAAAGUAUAGACAACUACUACUCUUGUCCUUCGAUCGAAUUUAAUUAAAGUGAGUGGGAUCGAAUGGAAAAACGUCUUAUCGGUGAUAUAAGACGUUCCAUCAACAUCAACGAUAACUUUCCGUCUCAUUAUCUUUGCUUCUUUCGUUUUCGAGAAUGCACUUAUUACGUUUUCUAUUUAUAUUUCUCAUAGACACAUUGAUACGUCUAAUUAGAUCGAUCGUACGUAUCUUUUAUUAAGGGACUUUUUAAGAAUGAAAAAAAAAAAAAAAAAAAAAAAGAGAAAAGAAAAAAAGAAUAAGAAAACGAAGCAAUCGAAGCAUUUAAAAAAAAAAAAAAGAGGUAUUACACAUUACUUGACAUUAGAUCAUUUUAUUCGACUGAUGACAGAGAGAGAGAGAGAGAGAGAGAGAGAGAGAGAGAGAGAAAGCGGAAGUGAUAAGAAAUAAUUGCACGCGAUAAUCUAAUCGAAUAAAUCUCUCGAUUUAUCACAGUAAAAAAAAAAAAAAAAAAAAAAAAGAGUGAGAGGAAAUUACUUUUUCCUAUUAACAAUUCUCACUGAGUUAAUGAUCUCAAAAUAACGUUUUGAUGUAAUCACAAACUAUGUUUGUAUGUAUGUAUGUAGAUUGUAAUUUUGGAUUUGAUCGAAGACGAACGUUGAGACGUCUAACGAGGGAGGGUUGAAGAGUCAAUAAGAGCGACGGAAAAAAAAACGAGCACAUAUCGAGUCGAACUAACGUCGUGUAAUAACGAAAGAAAUAGAAAGAGAGAGAGAGAGAGAGAGGGUGUGUGUGUGUGUGUGUGUGUGUGUGUGUGUGUGUGUGUGUGUCUUAAAGGAUAUCUCAGUAAACAGAAAAAGUUUACAAAAAGGAAAGAACGACAAGACACGCGACGGAGUAUUAUCUCUACUUUCUUUGACGGCAGAGACACGUGAUUAAAAUCGUCGUCUUUAGAUAUUCUUUGAUAAAUUUUUUAUACGAUGUUCUUCAAACUCAUUCUUAUGAUCGUAAUUUUAUUAGUGAAGCUCGAUCACGGUUAUAGAAUUUUCAAUGAGAUGGAAGAAAGUGCAAGAAAAUUUUGGAUCGACGCUAUAUGUCAUACGAGAGUGACAAAAUAUCUAUAUCUAUAUGGGAUAUUAACGAACGAAUCAUAUUAUCUCGAAGAUUUUUUCGACGGUCUUGUACGUGAUAUAAAUCAGGAAGAAUGCGAAAUUACGAUAUUUCUAAAGAAAUACGUGAUGGAUCGAACACGGAUAAAAAAAAAACGCGACAACAAAGUCGAUCAUCGAUCCUCCGAUGAAAUAUCUUCGAAGGAUUUAUUAAAAACUAACGAGUUAAAAGUUCUCAAUGAUUUGAGUGAUAAAAUAAAAAGAAGAAAGGAAGAGGAUGACGGAAGAAAAAGAGAGAAUUCAGAAGGAAGAUUAACAAGUAAUUUCGCCAUAUGGUCGUUGCACGUGAUACUGAUAAAGGACGAACGUUCGUUGGAGCGAAUUUUGAAGGAAGAUGAGUCAGCCAACUGGGUGUCACGGGUACACUUCAUCGUAAUGAUAAUAUCGGAUGACGUAGAUAACCCCGUAGAUAACAAAUACGUGAUGACGAUCGAACGAACUUUGGAAAUCCUUUGGUUGCGACGUCAAAUAUUAAACGUUUUAAUUUUUCUACCCUUCGCGAAAAAUGGGCCAAGUCUGACGUACGCGUACGAUCCAUUCUUUCUAAACAAAAAUGAUGAAAGAGGUAAACUCGAGUCCAUUAACGUCGUCUCAAAGGAGGACAUAUUUCAACGUUUGUCGACGUUAAAUCAUCGACGUACGAACAAUAUGUACGGUUACAAAUUAAACGUAGGUCUAUUUCAACAAUAUCAAACUUUAAUGAAAAUGAAAGAUAAACCAUCCCCGGGCUCCAUUUAUAAAUAUUCCGCUGGAUAUAAUGGAUCGGAUGCCAUUAUACUUGGUACAAUUGCUAAGUACAUGAACUUCACCGUUAACGAGAUCAAUCCGAGGGAUCAAAUUAAAUUCGGAUACGAAUUAUCGAAUGGCACUUACGUUGGAACCUUAGGUGACAUUGUCUAUGGUAGAGUGGACGCAACUUUUGCCUCUUUUUUCAUUAAAACCUAUGGGAAAAGUAAUAAUAAUUUUGAAUUUACCAGUCAGAUGGAAUAUGACAGCAUCUGCGUGAUCGUACCUAAGGCACGCAAAAUACCGAAGUGGCUUCGAAUACAUCACAUGUUUGAACCGUCUAUCUGGAUUUGCACGAUAAUUUCGCCAAUUAUGAUCUAUCUGAUGUGCUACGUAUUACUGUUAUUUACGAGGCAAAGAACAAAACUUUACGAUCACGUAAAUCUCGCCUACAAAGUAUUUCUAUUCGCCGUUGGAUAUCCAAAUAAAUUGCCAUGUUCCUAUUUAGAAAGAAUACUUUUGUCGACUCUCUCCAUAACGAACGUUACUAUGGCAGGACUAUUCGGAGGAUUAUUAUAUAAAAGUUUUUCCAACGACAUAUAUUACAAGGACAUUGAUUUAUUAACAGAAUUGGAUGCUUCGGAAUUACCAAUCGUAUUUAUAAAAUACAAUUUAAAUGAUGUCUUUGAUGACGAAUCUGCGACAUCGUUGGUACUAAAUAAUUUAAGAAGAAAAUUGAAACACGGCGUGCAAGCGGUGCGCGACGUCACAUAUUUUAGAAAUGCAAGUGGAUUGAUCAGAAAGAAACAUUAUUAUCUGUUAAAAAAUAAUAUAGUCAAUGAUGAUCUAUCGCCAAAAUUACAUCUUGUUAAAGAGUGUCCACGUAAUUACUACUUAGCAUAUCCCAUACCGAGGAACUCGUAUUUGCUCGAAAAGUUGAAUCUCCUGAUUGGCAGAUUAAAUCAGGGAGGCUUAUUGACAUUGUGGAGUAAUCGUACUAUCAUGAAUUUGAUUAACAGAAGAAGAGGAACACCGAAAAGACAGGCUCAUGCGGGAGACAAAUUUGUCCCGUUCAAUUUGGAAGACAUGCAGACCUCAUUCUAUUUGCUAAUAAUCGGUCUAUUAAUUUCGUCUAUCGUUUUUUGCGAUGAGAAGGGAUGGCUGAGAAGACACGUGAAAAAAAAAAGAAAGAAAAUUUAUCCAAACGAAGAGGAUAAAUUUAAAGGGAAAAAAUACAUAAAAGAAAAAAAAGAAGAACAGCCGAGAAAAAUGUUCUUUUCUUUUUUUCAAAUAUAAUUACGAAAUACGAGAUCUCUCAUUAGAUCUGUUAAAUUUAUCGAUCAAAUCUACAACGAUUAUUUCUAAAUUUCUAACAAUAUAUAUUUAUAAAAUAUUUAUAAAAUAAAUACGAUAUAUAAGUAUAUAUCAUUUCAAUAACAGUUUAGGAACAGGUUGAAUAAUAUCGUAAUACAAUCGUAUCGUAAUUUUGAAAUUAUUCGUGUAUAACUUUAAGCGAUUUCUGUAUUCGACGUAAAUAUCAUAACUUUAUUUAUAAUGUCGUUUGUAUAUACGUAAAUGAUAAAUAAAACGAAUAAUAUUCCGUUGAAUUUAAUUUCAAUUUA